UUUUUUUUUUUGUGACUGGGGGAGAUAGAGGUGAAAUCCUGGGCUAAGCUUCUUGAAAUCCACCCCGCAGCCCUCUAAGGCAGGAGACUUCAUAAAAAGGGGGAAACUGAAGCAGAAAUGAGCCCUUGGUGAGGACUAGAGGGAGGAAAUGUUACUGGAGCCUGAAUGAGGUCAGAGAACAUGGUUUAAAUCAGGUCACUGCUUGAUAUUUAUUGUGUAGGGUUUUUCUUUUUUCCUUACUCUCUCCCUGAAAUCCUUCCCUAGAGGCUAUUCAAGGAAAUAAAUAGCCAGUGGAAAGGGACAAUAGCUUGCUGUGGAGUACAAAUUAUAUGAAGCAGUAGGAAAUAAUAGCAGAGUGAGCAGCUGCUGCUCCGAGAAGGAAUGCGUGCUCUCUCCAGCUCCUCUUUGCCUUGAACGGGUGCCGAUCCUGGUCUGCAGCACAGACUCCUUGGUGCCUCGGAUGCAGAUCCUGGCAGCCCACUGGGGAGGGAAGCGUUGGUUCUGGCAUACAGUGUGGCUGCUUUGUGGUAGUGGUGGUGGCAAUAGGUACUGCUGUCAGAGGUCACCCCGAGUGCUCUGAGCCCCCGUGGGUGCUCUUGGUGGCCUGAUGCCUCCCCAGGGCUAGAGGGAAGGCCAGGAAGGAGUGUUAACCCCAAGCCCUACCUUUUGGGACUGUCUUUCUCUUCAGGAACAUGGCAAGGCCUCUUCCAGCUCCAGCGGGGUCAAAGUGGCCAUCCCACAUCAGUGUAGGCAGCUGCUCUCCAGCCAGGGUUGCCACAGGAUGGACCUUCAUGUCAGGGGCUUGUAUCCCUAUUGUAGGAUGAUCUCUUUAGGGGUGAAAGCUUCCUUGGUCCCUUGCACUGGUGACCACCAGCUUCCACAUCCAUUCUUUAUGUUUUCCUCACUGUAUAGCACCUUCACCUCCUUUGCAGAUGCUCUGUAUCCAGAUUUCCAUCACAUCACCAUUUCCCUAGGCUUGCGAUGUUUUUGGGGAAAUAACCAACCUGCCUCCUUCCCCCUCCAGUCAUCCCAGUCAUCACCUCCUAUCACACCGGAGGAUUUCAGCCUUUCUAGGGUUCCCUUCCUACGUGGGGAGCACACCCCAUUGCAUGAGCCAGACCAUCUGCACACAGCUGGCUCCUGACCAUGCAGAGGUUACAGAGGAAGUCGCCAGCACUGGCAGAAUUGCUACCGGGUUUCCCACUAUUGUUCCCAGUGGCAAAUGGCAAAGGGGUGAACGCCCCUGCUGAGCAUUUGCAGGAAAGGGGUUACUGUUAUCUCGAAGAAAUCUCACAGCCCCUCUCCUCUUUCCUGCCUGUCUCCCUGCCUGUGUAUAUUCUCACAUCCGCAGCUCUGCACACAACUCUGCACAAGUGGUUUUCCCCAUCCCUGGGAUACGUGCUGCUCUCCCUCGUGGGCAGCCUCACCCUCUGCCAGGGAGAUCAGUGGGCAACGAUGAAGGCAAUGUGAACAUGUGUGUGUGUGUGGGACGCACCGCAGCGUGAUGGCAAACAGACCUAAUGCUGGAAACCACUGUCUGUACGCAACCACCCCCAUCACCUGCUCCUGCAGAUCAAAGUUCAGCCCUGGGGAGUUUCACAAGCAACUUCAGCGACCUCAACAGUAAAUAAAUUGCCAGAGCCUGUUGGGCUUUAUGACCCACUGGUCACAGAUAAAUAGGAAGUACCUCCAGGGUAGGAGUGCUUAUCAGCCUUUAUCUCUUGUCAUGUCAGGAGCCUUUGGGGGAGGGUAAGGAACUGCCUCCCAGCUGCUCUCUGCAUGGAUGGGGCUUGAGAGUAAUUGAGGGGUUGCUGCUCUCCUUGCUUUUCUUCUGACUUCUGCAUUCUGGAAAUACAGCACCACCACCAACUACCAAAUCUGAGGAACUGUCUAGUGACUUGUAGCCCACCUCUGGCAAGGAUACCAGUGGAGUGACGCUCCCCAUUUCUGUUUCUCACGGUUAUAGAGGAUGGGACUAUCAAACCUGCUGUGCUUGGCUCCUGAAUCUCAAAGGUUUAGGAUUCAGUACAACUUGAAUGGGAGAUUGCAGAAAGCUCCCACAUAUUGCUGGUGCAAUCCAUGAGCUGGAGAUGAAUCUAGAGCCACAAGAAAGAAAGGAGUUGGGAAGCUUUUUAUUUGGCUGAGCUGUUAUAGCAAGAAUAGAAAUGAAUGCGGUGGUCAGACCUCCAUGGCAAGCUAGGGAGCUGCUUGUCCUACAUGGUGGCUGGAGUAGCGCCACUAAGGGCCAUGUGCACUGGUGCCUCCAUACGGAAUUCAACAAAGAGGCUGGUACCUGGGAAAAGGGAAUGUUUGAAAUGUUCAACCUGGAUUGGAAGGUUGGGGGCACCAUGAAGAUAAAAGGCCAUAUAUCUGAGGAUGCUGAUAGGUUUGCCAUCAAUCUUGGUUGCAAAUCCUCAGAUCUGGCACUUCAUUUCAACCCCCGUUUCAAUGAGUCCGUCAUCGUCUGCAACUCCUUGUGCUCUGACAACUGGCAGCAGGAGCAACGCGAUAAACAUUUCAGUUUCCGUAAGGGCUCCAGUGUCAAGAUCACCAUUGAAUUCCUGGGUGACAAAUUCCUGGUGAAACUACCAGAUGGGCAUGAAGUGGAGUUCCCCAACCGGCAUGGCUAUGACAAGAUCAGCUACUUGAACAUUCAUGGAGGAUUCAAGGUCACCUCCUUCAAGGUGGAGUGAUGAGUUCCGCUUCCUAGUGCUAAUAAAAACCCAGCUGGGACUGCUUGCUCCAGCUGCUCUGGCUUCUGUGA